AUGAAUUCUUAUCCUGGCUGUACAGUAAAUCGUAAGGAAUUUAAACCAUUAUGGUUGUCAGGAUUCAGUGAUAGCGCACUUCAUAAAAGCACCGUAAUACACGGAUCUCUCCUUAACCGUUCCAAAAAAGUUCAGCAUAAACGUUACAAGAGAAAAUUCAUUGGAGCAAUGUCUUAUAAUGACCUGAGUAGCAGUGACUCCGAAAACGACUCCGAAGACGACGACAAUGAGGAGUACGACUAUGUCAGUCUAUUCCAAAUUUGCAUGAACUAUUUGUUUCCUAGAUUGUUUCCAAUUCAGCCCGUACAUCGAUGGAUCAAGUCCGCACAGUCGGUGUCGGAUUUAAAAGAAAGAAGCGCUGGAAAAAUAUUGUCACCAGUGGGCCGGUGCUCGAUAUUCCCGCAAGGAGUUCUUGUGCAAUCCAUCACGGAGAAAAAUGUGACAAAAAUAUAUUUUCCCGGGGCUAAAGAAAUGUUCAAGGCUUCAAACCGUUCAAUUCGAAAUAAUAAAUAA